AUGGCAUCAAUCUCUAACAUCCAAAACCUUAUGAGCCAACUGGAGAAGACAAAGGGCCAGCCUCUCUUUCAGGUCAACCCUGAGAAUGCCCACCUGCCCCUCUCAGGAUUUCAAUAUCACACAGUACAGUGCAUAGAGGGAAAAACUGCAAACUCUCGAAUUCUCUUUGAUUUCGGGACGAUGCAAAGUGCCUUUGAUGCUGAGAAUGUCCUACCUGCCAGGAAUGGUUAUGGCAAGGUCCGGAAAGACAUACCCCGCACUGCAAGCUCGGGAAUGGAACAAGUCAGUAAAUGUUUGAAGAAGUUUGCCGAUUGUUUCAUGUGGAAGGCAAGUGACAUCACGGGAAAUGACCCGGCAAUAGCGGUGCAUAAGAUUUCAGUAUACCCUGAGGUUAGGCCAGUGAAACAGAAGCUAAGAAUGCUGAAAACAGAAUGGUCCUUGAAAAUCAAGGAGGAAGUAGUUAAGCAAUUGGAGAAUAAGUUCAUAGAACCCAUUGCCUACCCGACGUGGUUAGCAAAUAUUGUGCCGGUGCCGAAAAAAGAUGGCAAAGUCAGGAUGUGUGUGGAUUACCGGGAUUUGAAUAAAGCAUGCCCGAAGGACGACUUCCCCCUGCCGCAUUGUGAAUACUCAAAUUUUGAGGCUCUAAAAGCCAGUUUUCCCGGCCGCGGCGAUGGCGGCCUCCCUUAA